UCGUCAAGGGGGCCCACACAGGCGGCCACUGAGAGGGGAGGCGAGGAGUGGACAGGCUCGACAGACUAUGCUUUGAUUUAUUACAAAUCUCCCUGUUCAGAAACAGCCACAGGGAGGACAAGGAGAGAGAAGGAGGAGGGGAAAGAUAAGUGUCAAUCUGUUGAAACUUGUUUGGGAAUUUGAGGGAGGUGGGGCGAGACGGAGAGAGAGCGAGGCAGCAAGAGAGGAAAACAAGGAGAGCUCAAGCAUAAACAUUAGGUUUUUUCACAAGAGCUCAAGUAUUUAGAGGAAAAAGGCAUGUUUGAUUGAUUUGUAAAAUGGAGGACAUUUGCUGUGUCAGCUAGACAUUGUGAACACAGGGAAUUGAUCAUUGUGUGUUGUGCAGUCUCCUGCUUUUGAGCUGAGCUGGACCCCAGGGGAGACCACAGCUCCCCAGGAUACAACAUUCAGGUUCUCCAAAUUAUGAUACAAUGGGGACCAAAAGGCCCAGCUGGAGCCUCUUUGACACUUUAUCUAACAUAAACAUUUCUGACUGCAAGAUUCAGUCAGGUGGAAGGAUUUCCCGGGAUCCAAGUCCCAGGCCGGCAACGACUGCCCAGUCGGAGCGAGAGAGAGACAGUAAGCGAGAGGACGACCGGAGGAGCGAAAGAGAAACGGAGAAAAAGAGGGACAAAGCACGAAAGACAGAUAUGGACCCACGGGAUAGAUAUUAUGAAAGAGACCGAGCUCCUGGACCCCAACCGAGAGAGGGAGAAAGAGAGUGGAGGGAGAGAGAAAGGAGGCAGGCAGAUGAGAGAAGCAGGAACGGGAGGCCUCUGUCGCAUCUAGAGAAGGAGACUGCUAGAGGGGUAGAAAGGGCGACGAAGAAAGACGGUACAUUUCCCAGGGCGAGAAAACGCAGCGCCGAUCGUGGUAAGGGAAAGUCGUCCACCCCCAGGGUGGAUGAGGAGAGAGGAGAAAGAAGGCAGAGAGAUGGGCCGAACAGAGUAGAGCCAGAUGAAAGAGAAAGAGAGAGGGCGUGGCAGAGAGAGAGAUACAGAGAGAGGGAAAGAGAUGAGAUGAGAAGUAGGGGAAAGGAAGAGGGGAACAACACUGUAGGAAGACCUGUAGAAGAUGAUAAAUCACGAAAGAGGGAACGAUAUCAGGAGUCUGUUUCUCAAGACAGGGUAAGAGAAAGGGGUGAUUCACGGGAAAGAAGAGAGAGGGAUGCAGGUAGAAAGAGAGAAAAGCCAAGGCCAAGAAUGGGAGAGAGGGAGGUCAGAGCGCCUUCACCCCGCAAUCCAAGAGACAUUUACUCGGACAAGAAAGACAGAGAAAUGACUCAAAGUAGAGAGGGAAGGAGGGACACCAGGAGUGAAGGAGACAGUGACGAGAGAGAACUGAAGAGGGAGAGAGGGAGAGACGAAGAGAAGCAGGAGUUGACAUAUCAUCACAGCAGAAGUGAGGGGGAAGAUACAGGCAAACCACUGAGGGAGAAAGAUCCAGAGAGGCAAUUAUACAGAGAAGAGGACAGGCAGAGACAUAAAGACGGGGACAGAGAAGGGGAUCGAUCCAGGAGGAAGGGAGGGGAGAAAGAUGGGGUGAGGUACAGGGAUGUUGAUCGGCGAGCUGUAAGGGAGGGAGACAGAUUGAAGGAAAAUGUGACGGAUUUGAAAUAUGACAAGAGAGAGGGAGACAGAUCCAGACAGUAUGAGCAGAGGACGGGUAGGAAAGUGCAGGAAAGAGAGGUUGAUCAAAGGUGGAAUGACAAGACGGAGGGUAGCAGCCCAUCCCAUACUGAGACGGCUCCUAGGGUGCCGCCACGAGUCCAGAGCAGCGGAGAGUGGAGCAGCGACAUGGACGGGGAGGUGAGAUCUAGAAGAGGACGAGACGGUCAUGAAGAGAGGGUAUCGGGGAGAGAGAGCACUGCUGAAAGUGACAGGGACGUAGAAGAACAGAGAAAUCCAGCUGCUGAAAAAAGGGAGAAGAAAAGAAGUGAGGGGCAAGAGAGAGACAGGAGAGAGAUGAGGGAGCAGAGGACGAUGUGGUUAGAGCCACAGAGGGGCAAAAAUAGUAAAGACGGGGUCGUCAUCAGAGAGCGACACACACGGGGGAAUGAGAGGAGGAGCGAAGAAGAGGAGAGUAUAGAGUCACAGGCUGAGUUUGAAAGAGAGGGGUGGCGAGUAAAAGAGGAACCAGAUGAGAAGGACUUGGACCAGAGCAGCUACAGGGCAAGUCAAGAAGGGAGAGAUGAGCACAGGGGAGACAUUGAGGGGACAAAGGGUGCAAGUUUAGAUGUAGAAGACGUGGGUAAAGUGUGGAGAGAAGUAGAUAAGGGAGGGAAGGAACAUCUGUCUGACAGUGAUGAUGGAGGGAUAGAGGGAAGUUGGCGGAGGGAUGCGGAGGGAGAGAGUGUGACAGAAAACACCGAGGAGAGUGACGGAGAGGAAGAGGGUAAAGGCAGUUAUUCGGGCUGCUCUGAAAACAAAGGAGGAAGAGAGACAGGAUGGAGGCAAGAAGAGGAUGAAGGCAGAAUGAUGUCGGGGGAGGACUGUUUUGUUACGGUAUCCAGUGGUGGGGACGAGGAGGAAAAAGAGGAGUUUGAGGACUGUCAGGAAUUCUGUGAAGGUGCAAAUGAAGGUCGCCCACCUGUCGCCGUCAAGGAGUGUGAGGAAGACGAGGAUAUAGGAAAGGAGGAGCAGGCUGAUGAGGAGAGAGAGAAGCAGCCAAAGGACGUCUUCUGUGUGAUUGGGCAAACGUCACCGCCACAAGGCGAUCCCACGGGAGGUCAGGAAAGAGACGACCCGAACGCAGAAGGUCGGAAUCACUGCAGCGAUGCUGCCGCUCGGCACCGCUCACCGAUCAUCAGCCUCCAGAGCUCAGAGACUGAGCCCGACACGCCGAGGGAGGAGAGGCCACACGCAGGAGAAACGGCUGCAGGGGAUGUCGGGCACGGAGCGGCGUCGGUAGCAAUGAGGAGCAAAGCUGAGCACCCAUACGCCGAAAUAGGGACGGUUAAGAGAGACUCGCAGACUGAAGAACUUCUCAACGAGUGGAGAGAGAAAAAUAGAGAUGGAGAUGGAGAGGAAAGAAAGGGGGAGCAGACUACACCAGUCCCAAGUAAUCCCUCUGGUGAUGUCUGUUCCAUCAUGGAAGGAAUUAACCCCGGAGCAAUGAGUCCAGAAGAGGUGGAGGCCAUUCGGAUUCGAAUGAGCGGGGCGUGGAGCAUGUCCGAAGAGCCCAAGCGGCAUUCCCAAGCCCCCCACCUCAAAUGGGCCAAAGAUGUAGUGCGGGAGAUUUUGGGACGUUCAGAGGACAAUACUGUUGAUGAACCUCAUGCAGAGGGCAGAGGAAACCAAGGAGUCGACCAGUGCAAGACGGCGGUCAAGAAUUACAACCAACAGGAGGAGGCUGCACAGGUGGCUGGCGAGGUGCCUGUUGUUAUGUUGGAAACAGAGGAAAAGCUCUCAGGGCCAGAGCUGGAGGAGGAAGAACCGUUGGAGGUGGAUGUACUGAGAGGUAUGGGGCAGAGCCAAAAUGGCAUGCAUGCUGACCAGUCCACAGCGAUGCAUGUUGGUGACACACCUACAUACACUCAUGCUGACACACUGCGAGACACAGAAGAGAAGGAGGAUCACAGUGUGGGCUCCGAGACGGAGCCGUCUGGUCACCGUCACUUAGAGGCAGCCGUAGAGGAGAAACACAGCGAAGAAGGAGAUGAGGUUAAAUUAUCAGAAGUGGAAAAAGAAGCAAGGCGGGAGAAGGAGGUGCAGAUGUAUUUAUCCGUGAGCAACACGCUGUACAAGCCGAACAGCUGCCCCAUUCUGAAUUAUGAUUCUGAGUCUGACCUCCUCGUUCCCUUUAAAGAGGGUGGCCAGGAGCUGGAAGACAGAAUGAGUGAGAGUGAAGAGGAGAGGCAGGAAGAGGAGCAUGAGGAGAGGGGUACGGAAGAGGAGUUGGGAGAGGUGGUCGCAGUAAAGAAAGGGGUGACUGUGACGAGCAGCUACAGCUUCCGAGAUUUGGGUCCUGAGGCUCGAUUACGAAGAAGGGGGAUCCGUAAAACCACUGAAAGAAGGAAUGGAGAGCUUGUAGAAGUGGAAGAAGAAGGAAGUGUUGGAAGGGAUCGCAGAACCCGAAUAUUCUCCACAACAGAAGAUGAGGAUGAUCGAAGCAAAAGCUGGGGAGAAGUCGAGCUGAGAAAUGUUUUGGACACAAUCGACAGACGUAAAAGGAAUUCAAGGUUUUUCAAUGCUGCCCAGCUCUACCAGCAGUACAGCGAGGCCGCCCAGGACAUUGAGAUCCUGCGCCAGGCUCGCUCCGAUGGCGUCUCUGUGUGCGAGGACCCUCCUGUGUUUCCCGCUCCCUCGGCUCCUCCUGCGUGCAGACCUCUUCCUCCCCUCCCUCCUUUCCCGCACCCCCACUCCUUGUCCCACACGUGCUCCAUCACCAGCGUCCAAAGCUUGCCUCUCCCGGAGCCCCCCAAGAGUGAGGGCCGGCCGUCCUCCCCGCGUCUGUCCAUCUCGCUCACGCAGGCGGUCACGCUGUGGCGGGAGCUGCCGGGGGUCAGGAACAGUGUGGAGCUGGAGGAGCUCACGGAGGACCAGAGGCGACUGCAGGAGGUGAGAUUUGAGGUGGUGACCUCCGAAGCCUCGUACUGCCGGAGUUUGGACAUUGUUGUUGAGCACUUUGUAAAGUCCAAGCAGCUGGGGGCGCUGUUGACUACUCAGGACCGGAACUGGCUGUUUUCUCGGCUCGCUGAUGUUCGUGCCAUCAGCCACAGUUUUCUAUCAAAGUUGGAGGAACGGGUGGAAACGGACAUCAUAACUUUCACCGUGUGUGACAUCAUCGCUCGGCACUGUCAGCGGUUCAAAAUGGUUUAUGUCCCUUAUCUCACCAACCAGUCCUAUCAGGAUGCCACCUUCCAGAGACUCAUGAACGAGAAUGCAGGGUUCAGGCGAAUUGUGGAGAAAUUAGAGAGGAGUCCUGUUUGUCAGCGGCUUCCUCUCCGUUCCUUUCUCGUCCUUCCCUUCCAGAGGAUCACCCGAAUUAAACUGCUGGUCCAGAACAUUGUGAAGAGAACCACUCCUGGUACUCCAGAGGCGACUCAAGCCAUCAAAUCAUUAAGACUUCUGGAGAAGCUGAUUCAAGAGAGUAACGACAGCAUCACUCAGAUGAAAAGCAUCGAGUCGCUGGUCUCUCUUAGUGCUAAGGUGGACUUUGAAUGCAGGACUCUUCCUCUGAUCAGUCAGUCUCGGAGGCUGGUUCGGGAAGGACUGGUCACCGAACUGAUGGAUUUCUCUCUAAAGGACACUGAGAGGAAUGUGUAUUUGCACCUAUUCAAUGACUACUUGCUACUUUCACUGCACAAAGAAGGGGGCCGGUUCACGGUGAUCGACCACUGUCCGGUGUCAGACCUGCGUGCCGAGAACUGUCGCGUCAAACUCCACUCCCUCCAGAAGAACCUGUUCCGGCUGCACAUGACACACCGAGCCCUGCUGCUACGGAAUGAGACGCAGAGUGAUAAACUACGUUGGAUAUCUGCUAUUUCGCGGCCGCGUCCUGAAAUAGAUUUCACUGCUGCACAAGAUGUUACACAGAUGCAAUGUAUCCGAGCUAUUGUUUCCCAGCAGCCUGAUGGGCUGUCGUUGGACAAAGCUGAUGUCAUUCUCGUGCACCAACAAAGCAGUGACCAUUGGGUUGAGGGGACCAGACUGUCCGAUCGUCAUUACGGCUGGGUGCCUGAGUCACAUUUGGAAACCAUAACCAACGCUAGAGUCCGGCAACGCAACCUGGAAGAUGCCCUCAAACUGACAACUGCCACAGCUGCUGUUUGAUCGGAUGCGCCGACUAAAAAGAGGGGAUUCCUGGAUUCACCUUAAAGGAUACGACUCUCAAUUAUCUGCUACAGACUGCUGAAAACUGGACUAUGGACGUUUAGUGCCCCAAAUGUGGCAUUCUAUUGUUCACAAUAGUGCAGCAACUGAGACGCUGUAAGAAUGCAUGAAGCAUUGUUCACGUGUUUCAGUCGCUGGAACAAUAUGCUGUCGUUGCAAUCCGUGAACCGCUGAGGCCGAUCUGAAAGACAUUGAGGACAUUGUGAAUCUAUUAAGUGAUAUCUACAGUACAUCACAGCCAUUGUGUGUGUGGGCUGUAAUAAAUCAAUAAACUUUUUUUUUAGGAGAGGGGAAAUCACCUUUCCCGCAAAGAAUCUGUGCUUGGAAAAUGUUGUAUUUGUGUAUAUUGAAGAGAAUCUAACAGUUGAUGUGUGGUGUGUGUCUCUUGUAAAGUUGGCCCUUGCAGAGCCGAAACAAAUCAUGAUAACAAAUGUAAAAGAAAAUGUACAGUGGAGACAGCACGUGAAGACAUUUCAAUACAUUCCAAUUGGUGGACUAAAUAACUUUUGAUAUGCCUU